AUGUAUCUACCACACCUGCUCGCCCUGCCGCCUGCUAUCAUCGCUUUGUGCGCAACAACACCCGUAAUCGCCCAAGAGUCGCAAUGGCCGCAUAAUGUGCCCAGACACCUCAAGUACUUCCCCGAGGACGAAGUCCAUGCUAGAAGAGGGUUGAGCGUCAAGCAGAGGCUACAACAUGAGAAGCCCAUUGGAGUGAAGAAGAUGAGCUUGGACGAGGGCGAGAUGUUCAUGCUGGAUAAUUGGAUAUUCGCUGCCGACAAGCCCUCUCAAUCAUCCUCGAAACGAUCCGACUUUGACGUCUUUGGCAAUGCAACAUCUCAAGCCCUCUCGCCCUUGCGCCCCCUAGCCCAGUCUGACUGGUUGGCGCGAAUGCACGUCAGGGACAUACUUCUGAACCGCCAGUUCAAGUGUCCAGAUGGAACGACGAGUUGCGAGAGUAUUGGUGCACCGGAUUGCCAGGGUAUUGGAUGUGUCGCGGAAGGUACAUCAACAUCUUUCAUCCAACCCUCGACCUCAACCUCCUCCGCCGCUCCUACAACAUCAUCAACCACCACAACCGCUGCGGCAGUCCCAACCACCACCACCUCCACAACCAGCACAGCGCCCUCUUCAACGCCCUCUUCCACCUCCCGCUCCGCAUACACCUGCUCAACAGGCUGGUUCUCUUGCCCCGCCUCCCUAGGUGGCGGCUGCUGUAUGAACGGCCGCACCUGCGCAACCGGCGCCUCCUGUCUCGGUGACGACGACAACCCCUCCAGCACACGCGCACCAGACGCCCCCGUUCGUCCCACCAGCGAAGCCGUCGUAACAACCACCGAUGCCGUUCCGAGCGACAACAUCUGCCCCACAGGCUUCUACGUCUGCAGCGCUUACUACCCCUCUGGUUGCUGCCGCGUAGGAAGGGAUUGCCAGACCACGGGAUCUUGUGCGUUACCGGGUACGGAGACUAUCGUCAAUACGAAUGGGGUUGUUAUUGUAGCGCCUACGGAUGCUGCGACGAGCGCGGGAAGCUGUCCCAGUGCAUGGUAUAGUUGCCCUGCGGAUGCAGGGGGCAAUUGCUGCCCCAAUGGGUAUGCAUGUGGUGAGCAGUGUACUGCGACUGCGAGUGGUCAGUCGGCUGUGACGGACAAGGUGCAGCCGAGUAGCAGCCAGGCGAGUUUUGUAGAAGGUUGGGGCGUAUUGGGGAUGGUGCUUGGAGUUGUUGUGAGCGGAAUCGGUAUGAUUGCGCUAUGA